AUGCCCGUCGGCAACAAGUCCGGCAACAAGUCCGGCAACAAGUCCGGCAACAAGGCCUGCAACAAGUCCGACAACAAGGCCUGCACCAACGCCGACGACCACGCCCGCAAUAAGGUCGACAACAAGUCCGGCAACAAGUCCGGCAACAAGUCCGGCAACAAGUCCGGCAACAAGUCCGGCAACAAGGCCUGCAACAAGGCCUGCGACAAGUCCGACAAUAAGGCCUGCAACAAGUGCGACAACAAGGCCUGCAACAAGUCCGACAACAGGGCCUGCAACAAGUCCGACAACAAGGCCUGCAACAAGUCCGACAACAAGGCCUGCACCAACGCCGACAACCACGCCGACAACCACGCUGACGACCAUGCCAACGACCACGCCCGCAACAACGCCUGCAACAACGCCCGCAACAACGCCCGCAACAAGGCCGACAACAAGGUCGACAACAAGUCCGGCAACAAGUCCGGCAACAAGUCCGGCAACAAGUCCGGCGACAAGGCCGGCAACAAGUCCGGCAACAAGUCCGGCAACAAGUCCGGCAACAAGUCCGGCAACAAGUCCGGCAACAAGUCCGGCAACAAGUCCGGCAACAAGUCCGGCGACAAGGCCGGCAACAAGGCCUGCAACAAGUCCGAUAACAAGGUCGACAACAAGUCCGGCAACAAGGCCUGCAACAAGUCCGACAACAAGGCCUGCACCAACGCCGACGACCACGCCCGCAACAAGGUCGACAACAAGGUCGACAACAAGUCCGGCAACAAGUCCGGCAACAAGUCCGGCAACAAGUCCGGCAACAAGUCCGGCAACAAGUCCGGCAACAAGGCCUGCGACAAGUCCGGCAACAAGGCCUGCGACAAGUCCGACAACAAGGCCUGCAACAAGUCCGACAACAGGGCCUGCAACAAGUCCGACAAGGCCUGCAACAAGUCCGACAACAAGGCCUGCAACAAGUCCGACAACAAGGCCUGCACCAACGCCGACAACCACGCCGACAACCACGCCGACGACCAUGCCGACGACCACGCCCGCAACAAGGUCGACAACAAGGUCGACAAGGUCGGCAACAAGGCCGGCAACAAGGCCGGCAACAAAGCCUGCAACAAGUCCGACGACCACGCCCGCAACAACGCCCGCAACAACGCCCGCAACAACGCCCGCAACAAGGUCGACAACAAGGUCGACAACAAGGUCGACAACAAGUCCGGCAACAAGUCCGGCAACAAGUCCGGCAACAAGGCCUGCAACAAGGCCUGCGACAAGUCCGACAACAAGGCCUGCAACAAGUCCGACAACAAGGCCUGCAACAAGUCCGACAACAAGGCCUGCAACAAGUCCGACAACAAGGCCUGCAACAAGUCUGACAACAAGGCCUGCACCAACGCCGACGACCACGCCGACAACCACGCUGACGACCACGCCGACGACCACGCCCGCAACAACGCCCGCAACAACGCCCGCAACAAGGUCGACAAGGUCGACAACAAGGUCGGCAACAAGUCCGGCAACAAGUCCGGCAACAAGUCCGGCAACAAGUCCGGCAACAAGUCCGGCAACAAGUCCGGCAACAAGUCCGGCAACAAGUCCGGCAACAAGUCCGGCAACAAGUCCGGCAACAAGGCCUGCAACAAGUCCGACAACAAGGCCUGCACCAACGCCGACGACCACGCCGACGACCACGCCCGCAACAACGCCCGCAACAAGGUCGACAAGGUCGGCAACAAGGUCGGCAACAAGGUCGGCAACAAGGUCGGCAACAAGUCCGGCAACAAGGCCUACAAAAACGCCUACAGCAACACCUACUUCAAGGCCUACUACAACGUCAACAAAAACGCCUACAGCAACGCCUACUACAAGGCCUACUACAACGUCAACAAAAACGCCUACAGCAACGCCUAAAACAAGGACAACACCUACAACAACAACGAAGCCUCCGAUCCCGCCGUACUCGCUGGUGUGCACACUUGGUCCCAAAAUGAACGAGAGCACGGUUUUUCCUGACGAUGGCUUGUGCGACUACACCGUGCUUGAAGCACUGACAGUCAAGCUGGGCGGCCCUUACCCGAAAA